AUGACUCAAGGUAAAGCUCCAUCAAAUGAACAAAUUAAAAAGGACUUAAAAAGAGAUGCUGAUAAUGUUGCUAAGAAAGCUGAAGAAAAAUCAGAAGAAUUAGCAGGUAAAUCAAAACAAGAAUCAGAAAGAUUACAAAAACAAGGUAAAGAAUUCUUAAAUGAUGCAUCAGAAAAAGGUAAUGAAUUAUAUGAAGAAGCUAAAAAAGAAUUUAAUCAUUUAGAAAACGAAGGUAAAGAUUUAUUUUCAAAAUUAUAUGGAUUUUUAAAUGAAAAAGCUCAAUGUGCAAGUCAACAAUUUUCAAAAUUCUCAACUCAAUUAUCUAAAAAUACUAAAGAUUUAUCAAAUAGAUUAUAUCUUGAAUUACAAAAUCCUGUUGUUUUAACUCAAUUAGUUGUAAUUGCUGGUGGUGCAGCUGCUGCUUAUCAAGGUUAUUUAGAAAGACAUAGAAUUAGAUCAGAAAAUAAUGUUGUAUUAGGUUUACAUGCAAGUAUUAUUACUGGUUUAGUUUUAGUUGAUGGAUUUUUAUUCAACAAAUAUUAUCCAAAAUAUGAUCCAAAAACAACUACUUUUUACAAAAAACAACAAGGUCUUGAAUAA